UCUCUGCACAUACCAGCUCUGAUCUUUCUCAAGCCUUACGCUAUAGACUGUUCUCAUCCUAGCCCCUGUUAUCUAUUGCCAGGACUUACCCUCUAGAGAAAUGGCAUCGAGCUCGAUGUCGUCCUCCGGGUCAUGGAGUGCCAAGGAGAACAAAGCCUUUGAGAGGGCUCUUGCAGUUUAUGACAAGGACACUCCUGAUCGUUGGUACAAUGUUGCCAGGGCUGUUGGUGGGAAGACACCGGAGGAGGUGAAGAGGCACUAUGAAAUGCUUGUGAGGGACAUUCAGCAUAUAGAAUCUGGGAGAGUGCCCUUCCCCAACUACAAGAAAAUUGGAAGCUUUGAUGACCAAAAAAGGCUGAAAAACCUGCAGCUCCAGUGAAACGUCAGUGACAAAAAAGAUGUUCAUCGUCUCCAAGCUGGCAUAUAAUAGCACACGGUGUCAUGUGGCAUAAGUCUGUCCGUCAUAACUAAGAAUCAUAUAUAGCUUAUGAUCUAUUUGUACUUUGAUUUCGUUGAAGUUGCCACGAAGAAUCAACGGCUAUGUUUUUUAUGUUUCUGUUUGGCAUCAUUAAUAAAGCUGCCAGUUUAUGUUAA